UCUGAAAGUGGAUCUGAUGAAGUAGUAGAUGUGUCUGGGGUCGACGCAGAUGACAUUGCUAGAGCGAGUAAACGAUGUCGUUACCUUGAAGCCGGCAUCCUAAUUUCCAGACCUCCUUCCUCACCAGCCAUUGCUUCCGGCACAGUGACAGUUGCGACAGGCACAGGCGAAGGUCCACGACCAGUCGAGGCUCGUCUGCUGGAACGCGAGGCCGCCCUCUCUAGUCUUGGUUUGGUUGAGCACAAACUUAUCAUGACCAGCACGCUUCCCCUGGCAUAUGCACAUACACGCGCCAAAUUGAUGACCAAGCUGAUUGCCAUCUGCCAGAGCCCUUAA